CGUAUGUAGACGUAUGUUCCUUCUGUUGCACCCUACUUCUCUCCUCAACACUUCACUCUCUUCAAGUCAGAGCUAUUUCAGAAAGUUAUACCAAAUAAUCGUAAUAAUUCCUGUUUUGCUUUGUGGAGAAGAUGAUUGCAGUGCUGAUGCUUCUGAUCUUAAAGUCAGGAACUGUGAGUGCUUGGUCUGUGACUCUUGAAAAUCCAAAUCCUUGUGCUUUAAAGGGAUCAUCGGUGGAGUUCAGGUGCUCAUACAACUACAGCAAACAGGAAACUGUUGACAAGACUACAUGGCACAAAGGGGAAUUAAAAGACGGCCUCUGGAAACGUGUUAAGCUCUCAGACCUUCCUUCUUAUGAAAAUCGUACUGAAUAUCUUGGUGACCUGCAGCACAACUGUAGCCUGGCAAUUCAUGAUGUGCAGGAAAAUGACGCUGGAUAUUACUACUUCAGAUUUGAUACAUAUACUGUUGGAUGGCGCAGUAAAACAAGUGUUUAUCUGUCUGUCAAAGAGCUGAGUGCCAGAGUGUACCCUGACACUGUGAGAGCAGGAGACACUGUGACUCUUGAAUGUACAUCCUGCCAACUUCCCAGUGUUUGGUUCAAAGAUGGACGUCGAGUAGCAAAAACAGAGUUCCAGGCUCAGGUAGAGGAUGCUGGGAAUUAUGCAUGUGCUGUUGAAGGACAGGAGUCAGCACUCUCUGAUCCCGUGGCUCUAGAUGUUCAGUAUCCCCCCCUGAGCGUGUCUGCUGAAGUGAGUUAUUCUGGCAAAGCAAACAGCAGUGUGAAUCUGACCUGCAGCAGCACCGCUAACCCUCCAGCAAACUACACCUGGUACAAGAGGACAGAUUCUCUCAGCUCCACGGUGCAGGUGGGCUCAGGACAGGUUCUGUCUAUUCCCUCUGUGGAGCAGUCCCAUACUGGACUGUACUUCUGCCAGGCCAGGAACCAACUGGGGGAAAACAAUUCAACUGAGCUGCUGACAGUCGAUGUAACAGACAAAACAGUUAACCACUUCAUCCUCCUUGUUGGUAUUGGAGUCAAAGUCGUUAUUAUUAUCAUGCUCACACUGGUUAUUAUUAUCUGGGCCUGCAGGUGGAGAUGUAGUUCUGCUGUGGACAAAGAGGAGAACCACAACGAUUAUGAAAACAUCCCUACUGCACACACUGACAGACACUUGGCACAAGUGUAGUGAUUUCCUGUAAAAGCAGCAUUUAUUCCCGACUUCUGUCUGUGUGAACACUCUUCUUUUCUGUACAAUUUUAGAC